AUGCGGAGCGCUCCGAGCCGGUGCGCCGUGGCCCGCGCCCUGGUACUGGCCGGCCUCUGGCUGGCCGCAGCCGGGCGCCCCCUGGCCUUCUCGGAUGCGGGGCCGCACGUGCACUACGGCUGGGGCGAGUCGGUUCGCCUGCGGCACCUGUAUACCGCGGGCCCGCAGGGCCUCUACAGCUGCUUUCUGCGCAUCCACUCCGACGGCGCCGUGGACUGCGCGCAGGUCCAGAGCGCGCACAGUUUGAUGGAGAUCAGGGCGGUCGCUCUGAGCACCGUGGCCAUCAAGGGCGAGCGCAGCGUGCUCUUCCUCUGCAUGGACGCCGACGGCAAGAUGCAAGGGCUGACCCAGUACUCAGCCGAGGACUGCGCUUUCGAGGAGGAGAUCCGUCCUGACGGCUACAACAUGUACUGGUCCAGGAAGCACCAUCUCCCGGUCUCUCUGAGCAGCUCCAGGCAGAGGCAGCUGUUCAAAAGCAGGGGCUUCCUGCCGCUGUCUCACUUCCUGCCCAUGCUGUCCACCAUCCCGGCCGAACCCGAAGACCUCCAGGAACCCCUGAAGCCUGAUUUCUUUCUGCCCCUGAAAACAGAUAGCAUGGACCCUUUCGGGCUCGCCACCAAACUGGGAUCGGUGAAGAGUCCCAGCUUCUAUAGUUAA